GCUACAGCAUCAAGCGAUGGCAACCAAGCUUCCCACUAAAUUCUGGAUCUAUUUAAUAUUGGGCAUAAGCGUCUUUUUGCUAAUAAGAUCAUAUUGGCGACAUACUCACCCAUUCUACCAAGAUGAGGCGUAUUUUAAAAAAACUUUGAAUACUUUGCUGCGACCACGUUCUCCAGGUACCCCUGGUCACUCAUAUGUGCGUGAAUUUCUGCUGCUUGAGCUGAAGCAUCUGGGCUUUGUAACAUCGCGACGGGAAUUUAUAGAUACGAUUGCAUAUACCAAUGUCGUGGGCGUGAUGAAUGCGGAAGCUAAGAGAUUCUUGCUGGCUAGCUGUCAUUAUGAUUCGAAGGUGCUGCCCACAGGUGACAAUUAUGUGAGCGCAACAGAUGGCGGCGUACCAUGUGCUAUGCUGUUGAAUAUGGCCAAGAGCUUGGAGCCAUAUUUGCGUAAUGAUUUUCUUGAUCGGCCUGAUAUUGGCUUGGUGUUGGUUUUCUUUGAUGGACACGAAUCUAUGGAUAUUGAAGAUGAAACCAAUUCUCUAAACGGCUCGCGUCGCUUUACCGAUGUGGAAACUAUACCCUUGAAUAGCAUUGAGGUAGCAAUUGCUAUUAAUCUAAUUGGUGCUCCUGACGCUAUCUACAUGGCACACUAUGAGAAUACCUAUAAAUUGCAUGAGCGUCUUGCGGAUAUUGAAGAAGAGCUAAGAUCAGCUGGUCAGCUGAGCAAGUGCCAUAAGCUAUUUCAUAAGCUGAAGGAUUACAACGCCGACAUUGAAGACGAUCAUUAUUCAUUUUUUGCGGAGAGUGUGCCUGUCUUGCAUUUGAUUCCACAUACUUUUCCCGCUGUUUCGCAUACAGAGAAGGAUAAUUUGAAGAAUUUGCAUUGGCCUACAGUUCAAAAUAUGAAUGCAAUUUUUACCACAUUUGUAUACGAUUAUUUAAAGAAGCAUGUGCAUCCUAUUUCCUUUGGCGAAGAGAGUGCCGAGUAUGAAAGCUUGCAAAUACCUUAA